AAAUUUCAGUAGAAGGAAAGACAAGACAUUAGUAUGAAAAUAGAAAUAUCUCACUUAUAAUAAUAUAAACUGUGAUAGUAUAAAGUGAGCCGCACGGUGUGCUGGCCUGGCCAUUAUUUCUCUUCGCUGUUCUUGACGCAACCGGGACGAUGGAGUCGAAGCAGUUCAAGGUUGAGAAAGCUCCCAGCGAUGCACUGUCAGCGACGAAUCGUGCGUGCUUCAAUCCCAGCAAUUUGAGUGGACGUGGUGAUUCGAAUCAAUAUUUCACCUUGUCAUCGAAUGCUGGCGAUUUCAUAGUCACUGCCGAGCCUUCCAAAGAUGUGAGGCCAGGCACUGUAGGUCUUGGAUUUUUCCAGCGCAAGUGGGUGAACGCGGCUCAAGGUGAGGAGGUCACUGUGACUCCGUACCAGUUCAAAGAUGCCAAUUGUUAUUUGGAGGUGGUGACGGUGCGCAUAGAGCAUGUUUCCAGGACCACUCAGCGCAACGCCAAGAAGCUAGACACGGACCAGAUGAAUGCGUACAUGGGCUCUACGUAUGCCAACUUAGCACUGUCCGUUGACCAGCAACUGCUCUUCAAGGCACAGGAUUACCCGAAGCCGCUGAAACUUACGGUAAUAUCGCUGCAAGCUGCCGACCCAUCCGUGCUGACGUCGGGACCCAAAGCAAAGCAGCCAGCAGAGAUUAAAACCGGCAUCCUUCUUCCCGACACGAAUAUCUUGUUCGACCCGGGCGAGAGUGUUGACCUGACCGGGCGUCAUGUCGGCGGUGCGGCGGCGACAGGUGGCAUUAUCAGCACCAGUCUCGACUUUGUCAAGAUGGGCAUUGGCGGACUGGACCAGGAGGCCGCCACGCUCUUUCGCCGUGCGUUUGCGUCGCGCGUGUUCCCGCCAGCGGUCAUAGAACGGCUCGGUGUCAAGCAUAUCAAGGGAAUCCUCCUCUAUGGACCGCCCGGAUGCGGAAAGACACUGAUGGCUCGGCAAAUUGGCAAGAUGUUGAACGCUCGGGAGCCGAAAAUCGUCAACGGUCCGGAAAUCUUAAAUAAAUUCGUUGGCGAGUCUGAGGCGAACAUUCGGCGGCUGUUUGCUGAUGCCGAGGAAGAGCAGAAACGUGCCGGUGCGAACAGUGGCCUUCACAUGAUCAUUUUUGAUGAAAUGGACGCCAUCUGCAAGCGAAGAGGUGGCGGCUCUGACAAUACCGGCGUCCACGAUAACGUCGUCACACAGCUCCUGUCCAAGAUGGACGGUGUCAACGAGCUGGACAACAUCCUCGUGAUCGGCAUGACCAACCGCAAGGAUCUCAUCGACCAAGCGCUGCUGCGCCCGGGUAGAUUCGAGGUGCAGAUGGAGAUUGGCCUACCGAACCGCGACGGCCGCGAGCAGAUUCUCAGCAUUCACACGCGCAAGCUGCAGGACGGUGGCAUGCUGUCCGAAGACGUCGACCUGGCCAAGCUAGCCGACCUGACGAUCAACUUCAGCGGUGCCGAGCUGGAGGGUCUGGUGCGUGCGGCAACCGCCACGGCCAUGAACCGCGUGAUCAAGAGCAGCUCUGGCGAGGACAGCGCCGUCAGCGUCAACCCGGAGGAAGCGCUCAAGAUGAAGGUGGUCGCUCAGGACUUCACCUACGCGCUGGACACCGACAUCAAGGCCAUGUUCGGCGUCAACAUCGAGCAGCUCAAGUACUACCGGCAGUGCGGCAUCAUCAACUGGGGCCAGCCGAUUAGCGACGCGCAGGCAAACUGCAAGCAGGUCAUCAGUAACAUGGUGUCGGCUGACGGUGACUCGCUCAUCGACAACUUCACUUCGUUGCUGCUCUUCGGUAAGGAAGGAUGCGGUGCCUCUUCAAUGGCCGUCGACCUUGCGCUUGGCGCUGGAUUCACGUUCAUCAAGGUGUGCUCCACUCUCUUCGUCAGCGGUACAACUGAGAUGUCGAAGGUCAAUGCUAUCCAUGAGAUCUUCGAGGACGCGUACCGUGCGCACAAGAGCUGCGUGAUCGUAGACAGUAUCGAGAAUUUGAUUGAGUUUUCACCGAUCGGUAGCCGAUACUCUUCACACUUGCUCCAGGAAAUCCGCAUUCGCGUAGCCCACCCACCGCCCAAGGGCCACAAGCUGCUUGUGAUCGGCACGACAUCGCAGAAGUCCCUGAUUGACAAGCUGAAGGUGCGCUUCCGUGUAUCGCAGGCCGUGCCAACUCUUACAUGCGGCACGCACAUCGAGUCGGUCCUGGAAGAACUGAAUGUGAUGAAUCGCGACGAGGUCAGCGAUCUCAUACGCCGCCUCUCCUCCGUGUCGUUCAGUGUUGGCAUCAAGGAGGUGAUUCAUGUCGCUGAUGAAGCCCGCGGCAAGCCGGAUUCUCAGCGGCGAAUCGAGAAGUUCAUUGAGCUGCUCUGUCGCGAGAAGAAGACGGACGAUGAUGACUUCCGCUUCUGAUUUCGAAGCAUCGUCUGUACGAGUGAUGGCAAGACGGCCUGACGUCGUCCAAAGGCCCUGCGGAAGCAAUUCACUGCCCUCCUCGUCCAUUCUGGGGCUCAUUUAACAUAUUGUACACAAAAUGGCAAAGCACCCACCACUAGUUAUACCGACGUGGCAGGGAGAAUUAAAUUAUAUGCACCAAAUUUUCUGGUCAAUGUUGAUCUACGAUAAACUGGCUCUCAUUUGCCACCACCCAUGUUUCGAUACAGCCAUCCGGAGCAGAGAAACAGCCAGAAGAAAAGCAAAUUUUACACAUUUGUUAAAAAAUGCCAAAUGUUAAAAAAUCACCUCGUACAUACAACGUUCAUCUUUUACAAUUUUGUUAUGUUUUAUUUUUUACACGUGAUUGAAGCCUCUUUUACGUCGUCUUUUACAUGCAGUGGCAACACCUGCGGCGGUGAUCGGCUAGUUGCUCUAGAACUAGAGCGCGUUUCAUCUUGCGGAUAGACUCGUGUCCGGUGCCACUGUUGAUACAUACUGGUACAGAAACUUAGGAUCUGAUUUGCAAUGUGUUUUUUCUUUUCUUUUUUUUUACGAAAUCUUUUAUUCUCACGUUGGCCUGUGGGCCAAUAAGAGAAUGUGUUGUUGUUGUUGCCCCUUGCAUUCGCAGCCAUCGUCAUGCCCGCACCUGUAAGAUAAUUGACAUUGCGGCACGACCACUACUCAAACAGCGUUUUGUUUUAUUUCGUAUUUCUAUUUUUUAUUCCAUGUUCUUCAUAUUCAUCUUGUCAAACAUGACCUAAAUUAUGUUGUUACGUGUUUCAUGAAAGCGAGUCAAAGCAACACGAUAA